CUCGCCAGCUACGCCACGCGGCAGGGCGGCCAGCCGCUCGUGGUCAACCUCGACCCGGUGGAGGGGAUGCUGAGCCUCCCCGGCUCGCUGAGCGCGAGCGUGUUCGCGACGGUGAUGGACCCCGAGGCCACGGACGGCUGGGGGGGCACGCCCACGAGCGGGCCGAGCACGGUGCCCGUGAAGCUGCCGCUCGUCUACUACUACGGGGCCAGGGAGCCCGAGAAGGAGCCCGACUUCUACCGGGAGCUGGCGAGCAACCUGGCGGGCAGCGUGAGCGCAAGGUUGAGCGAGGACGAGGACGUGAAGCGGUCAGGUGUCAUUGUGGAUACGAUGGGUGUUGACGGGGAGAGCGAGCUUGGCGUCGACCUCUUAUCUCACAUUAUUGAGGAAUUUUCCAUCAACGUUGUCGUCGUGAUAGGCACGCCAUUGCUCGAGCAGGAGCUCGCGAAGAGAUUUACAAGCGUCAAGACAAGCCUGGGCGAGCCAAUCGACAUCGUCCUGCUGGACAAGUCGGACGGCGUGGCCCACCGGGACCAGAACUUCAUGCAGCAUGUUAGGGAGGCCUGCAUCAAGGAGUACUUCUUCGGCGAUGCUCGGAGAACGUUAAGUCCUCAGAUCCAGCAGGCCGACUUCGACAGCUUGGUCAUCUAUAGGGCCUCUGAGAUUGUCCUCAACGGAUUCGCCCGUGAAGAGGCAUCGGUGGAGAUGCAGCAUUGGACGUUUGCCAUAAUGAGCGCCGGACCUCGAGACUUGCCUGACACAGUGCGGGCGUCCAGCGUCAUGGGCUUUGUGUAUGUAUCUGACGUGGAUGAGGAGAGGAAGAAGAUUAAGCUUCUUGCGCCUGUGAGUGGUCGGCUCGGUGAUAAGCCGCUGGUCUGGGGAAGCUGGCCAGAGCCGUUCAUCAACUUGCUGGGUUAA